CUCUUUUUUUUUUUUGAGAUGCAGUCUGGCUCUGUGGCCUGGGCUGGAGUACAGUGGCCAUGUCUCGGCUCACUGCAACUUCUGCCUCCUGGGUUCAAGUGAUGCUCCUGCCUCAGCCUCCCAAGUAGCUGGGAUUACAGGCAAGUGCCACCACACCUGCCAAUUUUUGUGUUUUUAGUAGAGAUGGGGUUUCAGUAUGUUGGCCAGGCUUGAACUCAUAACCUCAGGUAAUCCACCCACCUCGGCCUCCCAAAGUGCUGGGAUUACAGGCGUGAGCCACCAUGCCUGGACUCUUUUCUUUGAGACGGAGUCUCGCUCUUGUCACCCAGGCUGGAGUGCAAUGGUGCAAUCUCGGCUCAUUGCAAUCUCCGCCUCCCAGGUUCAAGCCAUUCUCCUGCCUCAGCCUCCUGAGUAGCUGGGAUUACAGGUGCACACCACCACGCCUAGCUAAUUUUUGUAUUUUUAGUUUAGACAGGGUUUCACCAUGUUGGCCAGGCUGAUCUUGAACUGCUGACGUCAGGUGAUCUGCCCGCCUCGGCCUCCCAAAGUGCUGGGAUUACAGGUGUUAGCCACUGCGUCUGGCCUUUUUCUUUCUUUUUUAUGACAGGGUCUAGGUCUGUGGCCCAGGCUGCAGUGUAGUCAUGCCAUCAUAGCUCUUGGGCUCAAGUGAUCCUCUGGCCUCAGCCUCUGGAGUAGCUGGGAUUACGGGUGUAGACCACCAGGCCCAGCUAAUUAAAAAAAAAAAAUUUUCUUUUGUAGGCAUGGGGUCUCACUGUUUUGCCCAGGCUGCUCUUAAACUUCUGGCCUCAAGCAAUCCAGCUGCCUUAACCUCCCAAAGCACUGGAUUACAGGCAUGAGCCACUGCACCCAGCGCCACUUUAUUUCUCUGACAAAACCUAAACAUUCUGUUUAUUUGAACACCACUUAUAUUUAUGUUAAUGUUCUGAGUAAAUGUAAAUGAAUACUGACAAAAUAAUAGUAUAACAUCAGAGAGGUUUUUGUUUGUUGAGAAGGAGUCUCUGUCACUAGGCUGGAAUGCAGUGGCACAAUCUCAGCUCACCGCAACCUCUGACUCCCUGGUUCAAGCGAUUCUCCUGCCUCAGCCUCCUGUGUAGCUGGUAUUCUACUGGUAUUAGCUGGGUGUGGAGGCAUGCGCCACCACACCCAGCUAAUUUUUGUAUUUUUAGUAGAGACAGGGUUUCACCAUGUUGGCCAGGAUAGUCUUGAUCUCCUGACCUUGUGACCCGCCCACCUCGGCCUCCCAAAGUGCUGAGAUUACAGGCGUGAGCCACCACGCCCCGCCCAGAGAGGUUUUUUAAACAAAACAAAUAUGUAACUGAUAUCUUGUAUUUUAAAUCUAAGAGGGCAUAUGAAAUUGAAUGCAUUCUGUGAGAGGAGAGUCAGAGUAUUGAUAAAUUUGGAUUUAUUAAAAUUCCUGGAGUAAUGACUAAAAGAACCUACAAACUAUUAAAGAGAAAAUUGGAAUAGUAAUACAUCAAUCCAACAUAAAGAAAGGAGAGAAAAAGGAAACAUGCCACAAAAAGAAAAUACAAUGCCAGGAGGUAACGCCUGUAAUCCCAGAACUUUGGGAGGCAUAGGCAGGAGGAUCGUUUGAACCCAGGAGUUCAAGGCCAGCCUGGGCAACAUAGGGAGACCCGGUUUUUAAAAAGUAAUAAAUAAGGCUCCGAAGCGGGGAAUGGGGGCAAGAUGGUUUACAUCUCAAACGCACAAGUGUUGGACAGCUGGAGUCAGUCUCCAUGGAGAUUAUCUUUGAUAACAGAUUUCUUCUGGGGAAUAGCUGAGUUUGUGGUUUUGUUUUUGAAAACUCUGCUUCAGCAAGAUUUGAAAAAGAGAAGAAGCUAUGGAAACUCGUCUGAUUCCAGAUACGAUGAUGAUGGAAGAGGGCCACUGGGAAACCCUCCCGGAAGAAUGGGUCCAAUCAGUCAUGUGGGUGGCCCCAGUCCUCCUCCAAUGGCUGGUGGAUAUGAGGAAGGUAAAUGUCUGCUCUAAGAAGCAACUGGACACGCAUAUUCAUAGCAGAAGGAAACCAUCAAGAAGUGGAGUGCUGACCAUGCUGGAGCAGUAGAUGAAAGUGUGUGUCUAAACAAGGACUGCUCUGUGUCCUCACAGAUGAAUGAGGUCAUGCUGGGAAUUCCUUCUGCAGGGAACUGGCCUGACUGACAUGCAGUUCCACAAAUGCACGUUUGUCUCAUUAUCUUUUGAGUAUAGUUUAUUAAAGUAUUAAUAUAGUUUUUGUUGUUGUUCUUGUUGUGGUUUUGAGACAGUCUCACUCUGUUGCCCUGGCGAGUGCAGUGGUGCGAUCUCGGCUCACCGCAACCUCCGCCUCCCGGGUUCAAGCGAUUCUCCUGCCUCAGCCUCCCGAGUAGCUGGGACUACAGGCGCACGCCGCCACGUCCAGCUAAUUUUUUGUAUUUUAGUAGAGACGGGGUUUCACCGUUUUGCCCAUGCUGGUCUCGAACUCCUGAGCUCGGGCAAUCCGCCCGCCUUGGCCUCCCAAAGUGCUAGGAUUACAGGUGUGAGCCAUUGCCCCCGGCCUCCUCAUCUUUAAAUUCACAAAAAGAUUGAAUAUGAAGAAAAUAAAUAAAAGGCUGUGUAUUUAGCACUAAAAAAAAAAAGAAAAUAUAAUAAAACGGCAGCGUUAAAUCUAUCAGUGGCUAUAUUAAAUGUAAAUAAAUUAAAUACUCCAGUUAAAAGAGAUAGACGUUCGGGGUGUAUUUAAAAGCCACGGACACACACCGUCUUCCGACUGCCCUAUUCAC